AUGGUGUUAGAACUGAAGCGAAUCCUGGAAGAAGCGUCGGAGUACUUCCGCAGCCUCUUUGGGGAGGAUAAGCGCACAGCAAUCUCGGACAGGAGUCCGGCUGCGGGGAAGCAGCUGACGUACACUGAUAUUCAAAAUCUGCAAGAGGAGUGGACGGAGAAAGAAGUGAAGCAGGCGUUAAAAGAAAUGUCGUGUAACAAAACGGCAGGGAAAGACGGGUUACCAAAGGAGAUUUUCGAGCUGCACUGGGAUACGCUCGGGAAACACGUCAUGGGACUGGUACAGGACUUCACCCUCACUUCUUUGCUCCCGACCAGUGUCAAAGAUGCGGUGACGCUCCUCCUGCACAAGAAGGGGGUGAAAGAGCAGUUAGAGAACUACCGCCCUAUUACAUUACUGAACAUCGGCUACAAAAUUCUGGCGUGGGUCUUGGUGAGCAGGAUUAAAAAGGUCCUUCAUAAGGUGAUCUCACGGGAGCAGUUUGGUUUCAUCCCGGGAAGGAGAAUAUCAGACGAGGUGGGGCUGGUUGCUGACAUCAUUGAUGCAGCCAAGAAUGGGAAGGAGGACUGGUUCAUGCUGCUUGUUGAUUUCAAAAAAACGUUCGGCUCGGUGUCACGGAACUUCAUUUUCGAAGUGAUGGAGAAAAUGGGUUUCCCGGCCCGAUACGUUGGCUGGGUGAAGGGCCUGCAUACCAACACGAGAACAAGUUUCUUAAUCAACGGCUGGCUGGGUGAUGUGGUGGAAGUGGUCUCGGGGGUGCGGCAAGGUUGCCCCUUAGCACCUUACCUCUUUCUCUGUGCGGUGGAACCAUUGGCGCAGAAGGUGAUGAAGCGAAAAAUAGGGAUCUCCCUCACCAGUUGUGUUGGUUAG